CCUUAUUGGCAAUGUUGCCAUGGCUACUGCAUUCACGUCACUCAUAAUAUUCUGGCUGUGCUGAAAGCCUCAGCAUUUCUGUCAUUCCAGCUUCAAACGCAUGAAAAGCAGGAGACAGGCAGAGCAAGGGGACUGAAAUUUUAUCUACUAACAGGACAACGUGGAUACAACACUGGUAACUUCGGAAGAAAAGAUGUCCGGUGGGAUUUUCUCUCCUUUGGAAAACCUCUGCGACCUGGAUAAUGCCAACUGCCACCCCCUGGUAUGUUUCCUGUGUCACGAGCAGUAUGAGCAUCCCUGCCUCCUGGACUGUUACCACAACUUCUGUGCCAGCUGCCUGCGAGGCCGGGCGAUAGACAGCCGCCUCACCUGCCCUCUUUGUGGUCAUCAGUCCAUAGUGAAAGGAAACAAUGGGCUCCCGCCUGUAGACCGGCUCCUGAAGUUCCUUGUGGAUAGCUCUGCCGACUGCGAGGAGGAAGUUCAGUGUGCAAACUGCGACCAGGAGUGCAAGAAACAGGAAAUGGACACCAUGUAUUUCUGCAACACCUGUAACCAGCCCCUCUGCAGCAAGUGCCGCGAAGAGACCCACAAAGCCAAGAUGUUCUCUCGCCACGAGAUUGUCUCCUUGACUAAGCGCACUAAAGACAUCCACAAGAAAUGCUCUCUUCAUGAGGAACCUUACAUCAUGUUUUCAACAGAGAAAAAAUCCAUGCUCUGCAUUAACUGUUUCCGGGACAUGCAGGUAGAAAGCCGAGCCCACUGCAUUGACAUCGAGACUGCGUACAUGCAAGGCUGCGAGAAGCUCGACCAGGCUGUGAUGGCCGUGAAAGAGCUCCAGACGUCCACGCGAGAGGCCAUUGUCCUCCUCAAAGCCAUGAUUGAGGAGGUGCGCAACAGUGCAGAUGAGGAGAAGACAUCCAUCAACUCACUCUUCAGUAGCAUGCAGGUACGGAGUGGCUUGGCACAUGAAAUGUUUUUUUCCCCUGUAACUUCCAGUCAGUAUGAAGAGAAGGAAAAGGCAUUUAAGGAGCAACUCUCCCACCUGGCCUCCCUGCUGCCCACCCUGCAGGUCCAUCUGGUCACCUGUUCUGCUUUUUUGAGCUCUGCGAACAAAGCCGAAUUCCUGGAUUUGGGAUACCAACUGAUGGAGAGGCUCCAGAAAAUAGUCAAACUGCCACAUCGCUUGAGACCUACGCAGACGAGCAAGAUAAACACCGAGUACAGGGCUGAGUUUGCCCAUUGCUUGGAGCCACUGUUGCUGCUGAAUCCACGCCGCUCUGUGGUGGUGAGCGGAGGCAGCAUUGGACCAGGGAUCAGCAAUGGAAACAUGCUCUCGGGUGGCCAGUGCUCCAAGACGCUGAUAGUGCCUGGCUGUCCCCCUUCCUGCGAUAAGAUGUCCAUCACAGGCGCUAUCGUGCGAAAGCCAACCAUGCAUCGUUACAUCAGCACCAAGGUCCUGCUGGCCGAAGGAGGGGAGACGCCCUUCACUGAGCACUGUCGCAACUAUGAGAACAUGUAUCGGACCCUGCAAACAGAGAUUCAGAACCUGAAGGAUCAGGUACAGGAGCUGCAUCGUGACCUCACAAAGCAUCACUCCCUCAUCAAGACAGAGAUCAUGAGUGAGAUCCUACAGAAAUCCCUCCAGAUGGAUGUGCAGAUUGCCUCGGAGUAUUCGUCUGUGGAAAUGAUGCGGAGCAUGUUUGAAGAGAUUUGGGAGGAAACAUAUCAGAGGGUGGCAAAUGAGCAGGAAAUUUAUGAAGCACAGUUACAUGACCUGUUGCAGCUGAAACAGGAAAACAGCUACCUGACAACCAUCACCAAACAGAUUGCCCCCUAUGUCCGCUCCAUAGCUAAGGUGAAGGAACGGCUGGAGCCCAGACUACAAGAACCCAGGGAACUGAAGGAUGACCAGACAGAGAAUCUGCUCAAAAUUUACGAUGACAGCACAGUGACCAGCGACACAACACACAGGAACGACUUGACAAGAAGCAUGGAAGACAACAGGGAGCCCAAAGUGGACAACCGAAUGCUGAACAUUGUCACUGAGGAUUCCCUACUGAAAGACACUUACAGAACCAAACAGAAAGGUGGGACAGAGAGUCCCAGCCAGAAAGAUUUUGCAACUUAGGCAAGGCAGAGUGCCAAGAAGCUGCACGGCUUUGCAUUUCAUAUAUGCAAACAAAAGACUUAAAUAGGAGUUUCUCAAGUACAUUUAUGGUUGAGUCAGGCUGGUAUGUUACAGAGGAUCUAUCCAUUGAAAUAAAGACUUGACAAGAUGGGAAGGACCAGCAUUUCCAAAUUUAGUUUGAUGAAAUUGAGUCUUGAAAUGCAGAUUAAGGCUUCACCAAUUCAGUUAAUCUAAAUACUGUUCUCAUUACAUUACCAGAUGGUUUUUAAUCAGUUAUGGUCGGAUUUCCCAGGCCAAUUUCUUUGGCUAUUUGUGUAUUUUCAACAACGUUAUACUGUAUUUUUCUGCAUCAAUAAAUUCAAACCUCUAUUCAGCAGAGAAGUCCAGUAUCUCCUGAGUCAGAACUCUUUGGUGGGCCCACAUCAGGUCAGUAACUUGUUAUUGGAAUUGGUCUCCUUUCUCCUUCACAUGGAAACUUUGAAAAAAACAAAUAUUGAUAUAUUUCACACCUGAAAUCCCUUAUCUCAGCUGCUCAAAGCGAACUGUAAGCUCUUGAUGGUGAACCUAGAAAAAAUGGAGUAUUAAUAAGCCUAAUUUUGACAUUGUGCUAUCAAUUUAUUUUAAAUGCAUGAAAACAGCCAGCUCUAUGUAAGUUUUAUUCCCACUACCCCUACUCCCUGCCCCAAUGAAUACAAUUUAUUUAAAAGCCUAGCUAAGUAAACAAUGUAUUCUUUGUUAAAAGUGGAAUGUAGCUAUUUCCUCAAAAAGAAAGUCACCUUGCAUAGCCUUGAAGCUGGGUUUGGGGCGGUUAUUUUGGGGAGGAAUUGUUUUUAACACUUCUGCACUUUAGUGUAAUGAGAUCAGUAGGACAACAAUGUCUUCCUGAGGUUUUUAUGCUGUAGACUGUUCAGAAGUCUUGUUUUCCAUACAAGAUGUACACAGCUUUGUAUAUUAAAAAUCUGAAAAAAUAAAAUAUCAGUUCUUGAAACUUCA